ACUAUUCAAAAAUAUCAUCGUCGUGCUCGUGGGAAGUAGAAGUUGCAGAAUUUUAUCCAUGGCUAUGGAGGGGACGAUCAGGUGUUCGGCCAACUACGUCCCUCUCACGCCGAUCAGCUUCUUGGAACGAUCCGCCAUAGUCUACAGAGACAAUCUUUCUGUCGUGUAUGGUGAUGUCAGGUACACUUGGAAACAGACCCUUCAACGAUGCACCAAACUGGCUUCUGCUAUUGCCCAACUUGGAGUUUCUCGUGGUGAUGUGGUUGCAGUACUUUCCCCGAAUAUUCCAGCCAUGUAUGAACUUCAUUUUGGUGUUCCAAUGUCAGGGGCUGUUCUCUGUACUCUGAACACACGACACGAUUCUCGAAUGGUUUCAGUGUUACUAAAACAUUCAGAUGCUAAAAUUAUUUUUGUAGACUAUCAACUGCUACAUAUUGCUCAAGGAGCACUUGGUCUCCUCUCCAAAACAACAUCCAAGCUUCCCCUUUUGGUCCUGAUUCCAGAAUGUGGUAUUAGUAACAACAACACAUCCUCUUCUGGGAUAUUGGAAUAUGAGCAGCUCCUAGCUAGAGGAAAUCUUGAUUUUGAAGCUAGAAAACCAACGGAUGAAACCGAUCCGAUCUCACUCAAUUACACUUCUGGGACUACAUCGAGUCCCAAAGGUGUGAUUUUCAGUCACAGAGGUGCUUAUCUCAAUGCUUUGUCGACAGUUCUUCUCAAUGACAUGAAGUCUAUGCCGGUUUACUUAUGGUGUGUUCCCAUGUUUCAUUGUAACGGAUGGUGUCUCCCAUGGGGAAUUGCUGCUCAGGGUGGUACAAACGUUUGCCUACGAAAUGUAACUGCCAAAUCAAUAUUUGACAAUAUUUAUGAACACAAGGUGACACACACUGGUGGUGCUCCUACAGUUUUGAAUAUGAUAAUUAAUUCGCCUCCAGAUGUUCGAAAGCCAUUUCCCGGGAAGUUAGCAGUGAUGACCGGUGGUGCUCCACCGCCACCAGAGGUUCUCUUCAAGAUGGAAGAAAUGGGAUUCAUUGUGACACAUUCAUAUGGUUUGACAGAAACUUAUGGUCCUGCAACAGUUUGUACUUGGAAACCAGAAUGGGACACCCUACCUAGAGACACACAAGGUAAACUCAAAGCCCGGCAAGGAGUAUACCAUUUGGGCCUUGAUGAAUUAGAUGUGAAAGAUCCGGUGACAAUGAAAAGUGUACCAGCUGAUGCAAAAACAAUGGGAGAAAUAAUGUUCAGAGGCAACACUGUGAUGAAUGGGUAUUUAAAGAAUCUGGAAGCAACACAAGAAGCAUUCAAAGGUGGAUGGUUUAGAAGUGGUGACUUGGGAGUGAAACAUCCUGAUGGGUACAUUGAACUCAAGGAUCGAUCGAAGGAUAUAAUAAUCUCAGGUGGAGAAAAUAUAAGCUCAAUAGAAUUAGAAGGUGUGAUUUUUAGUCAUCCUGCAGUUUUUGAUGCUGCUGUUGUAGGUAGGCCUGAUGAUUUCUGGGGAGAGACACCAUGUGCUUUUGUGAAGUUGAAGGAAGGGUUCAGUGCUUCAGAGCAAGAAAUAAUAGACUUUUGUCAGAAACGUUUGCCUCGUUAUAUGGCCCCAAAAACUGUGGUUUUCCAAGAUUUGCCCAAGACAUCAACUGGUAAGACUCAAAAAUAUGUUCUGAAGGAACAAGCUAAGGCCAUGGGAUGCUUGUCUAAGAAAAAUAAGAACAUUACCAGUCGAUUGUGAAGUAUCUUGGUUGAAUUAUUAUAAUUGUAUAUCUGUAUUCAAGCCAAUGUCAUUUGGUUCCCGCUUGUAGUUUUAUGUACUCCAAUGUUAUGAAUUCCUGUGAUUUAUGUCAAUUUGUCUUUGGACACUGAA